UACGGAGCUCGCGUUCUGUAUCCUGUUAUUCGAAAGUUACGCAGCAUUAAAACCACUCACUGUUUACCCUAAGGCCUAAACUUGGGUAACUGAGAGCAGGGUGCCAUUUGACUUUUUUGACGGCCAUAUUCCUCAAAUCUGGCAGUAUAAAAUUUCGCCUAGCCGUAACGUUUGAAAAGUCACGGCCAAACUAUAUUUGGCUGAAUUUGUGAGCGCCAUAUAAAUGCUCGAUGUGAUCAUUCGAGUUCAAGGGCACCUCCAAUUUCAAUUGGUGUUGCAGAGAAGUUCUUCGAAGUUACUCUGGAGUUUAACUGUAGGCGUAUAUGAGAAUCACGAAUAAGAUGAUUCUGAUAGCGGGCAUUGGUUUAUUGUUUUAAGUACUGCAACCAUAACGUUCAGAGGCGAAUCUAGAAAGUUCAGAUAAAAAGUAUAAAUCAGUUUUCAUAGUGAAGAUGGUACGUUCACGCUACAUGAAAGGUAUAUCAUCAAAGUAUGUCAUCUACAACAACUCAGCAAUAGCACACAAAUAAAAAUUAACAUACUCGUCAACGAGUGAGGGUGAUGAGGAAUAUAUCUCCAUUGAACAAGCGAAACACAGGCAUAUACAAACAUACACAGAAUGCAAGCCAUUAAGGAAAGGAAAGGAAAGAAGUGUACAUUAAAUCUAAAGAAGAGGUGAUCGAAAAUGAUAAAGAAAAAAAAAAGAAACAUAACUCCACUGUUUAGACCAAAAGAAUGGAAUAGAGAAGAACUGGAGAGACAGAAAGAAAAUACAAAGAAAACAUGGUUCGAACACGGAGGAUUCGAUACCGUCUUCUUUGUGGAUGCUACGCCAUGCAGUACUCUUGCAACACAAUAAUUGAGAUGGUCGUCAAACGGAUAGCCAUCUUAGGUGCGGGCGCCAGUGGUCUUACAGCCGCAAAGUGUUGCCUCGACGAGGGAUUAGUACCUGUCUGCUUUGAGAAAAGUGACGUAAUCGGCGGGCUAUGGAACUGUAGAGAAAACUGCAAAGGACAAGGUGGUGUGUUCAGGUCCACGGUCAGUAUUAUGAACAAAGAGAUGAUGUGUUACAGUGAUUUCCCAAUACCCGAAGAAUACCCGAACUUCAUGCAUAACAAGUACGUACAGAAGUACCUCGAGCUCUAUGCGAAUCAAUUUGAUGUUAUAAGGCAUAUUCGCUUUCGUCACCAAGUUCAACGUAUUGAGCAAUGUGCUGACUUCCAGCAGACUGGCCAAUGGAAAGUAAAGUACACGCACUGUGAUACUGGUGUCACAUCAACAGACGUCUUUCAUGGUGUAAUGGUCUGCAACGGUCAUCAUAGCGUGCCUCACUUUCCAGAUUUUCCAGGCCAGAGUACAUUUUCAGGUAGAAUUCUGCACACUCAUGACUACGUCGACUUUCAUGGAUUCGAACACAAGAAGGUUGUGAUCGUUGGCGUCGGGAAUUCUGGCUGCGAUGCUGCCGUUGAGAUUAGCCAACAUGCUGAACAGGUAAUUUUAAGCACACGGAGGGGAACUUGGAUUGUGAAUCGAGAGGCAGACAGUGGUGUUCCUUCUGACAUUAAAAACAUCACCAGAUUCAAUUCUAUGUUUCCGUUACCUGUGGUGAACAUCAUGACACAGAGGCAGCUUAAUAAGAAGGGCAAUUAUGCUAACUCUCACGGUCUUCAACCAGAACACAAUUUCUUAUCACAGCACCCAACUGUCAAUGAUACACUGUUGAAUACAAUAAUUGAAGGUCGUGUGACAGUCAGAAGCAAUAUCAAACGCAUCAACAAAACUUCGAUUGAGUUUGAUGACGGAACGUGUGAGGACGACAUAGAUAUCAUUCUCAUGGCAACCGGCUACACAUUCAGUUUUCCGUUCAUUGAUGAAUCAAUUCUAAACGUUGAUAACAAUCAGAUAUCUUUGUACAAGUACGUCCUUCCCGUCAAAAUCUCACCACCGACCCUUGCCAUCAUCGGUCUAGCGCAGCCCCGGGGUGCGAUCAUGCCAAUAUCAGAGAUGCAAAGCCGUUGGGCAACACUUCUUUUCAAGGGGGCUGUGAAAGCGCCCACAAUGACUAAAAUGCUAUGUGAUGUUUCAGUAAAGAAAGAAAUGAUAGAGAAACGCUACGUAAAAUCUUUACGUCAUACAAUACAAGUGGAUUGGGUUUCUUAUAUGGACGAGAUUGCUUCCGAAAUUGGUGUGAAACCAAAUUUAUUUCUCAUCUUUUUUCAAGAUCCAAUGUUUGCUUUUCAGUGUUUUUUUGGGCCAUGCUACUCGUACCAGUAUCGUCUUAUGGGCCCUGGGAAAUGGGCUGGGGCCAAAACGGCUAUAGAAAUGGCAAUGAAUAGAGUAUUUUACUCGACAAGAACACGGGCUAAGGAUUCAUAUACAUGGAGAUCGAUUCAAAUGUUGAAAAUUCUUGUAGUGAUAAUAGCUUCACUUAUAAUUGUUACAUGCAUACAAUGUCUCCAAAUAUGAUUUGUUUUAAUUGUAAAAAUGUAUAUACAUUUUUUUAUGGAUUUAAAAAAAUGUUGAAAGCUUAAUUCGUUCAUAAAUAUACAGUAGGCCUCCUCAUGCAUUUUAUAAUUCUCUUGCUCUUUGUUUGUUCAAAAUAGAUACUGCGUUUCCAAGUAAUGUAACUAAUAGUACCUCUACAAAAAAAAUUCCUUGUCUUUAGUUAUUCAAAUAUCGUUAAAACACUCCAACCAUAAGAUAAUAAAUCCUACAAGAUACAGUAAAGUAAAUUAAGGCCGUUUAAGGUGAGAUAAGGUGAACUGGGCUUGGUUUGGUUGUGUUUUUUUUAUUUAAUUAUAAGUACUGUAGGCUAUUGGUCCUGCAUGUGAGAUGGUGUGAAACUGUUAAAUUUUAGAUGAUUAUUUGUCAGGGGAGAAUCGAGAAUUUUUCGUUGGUGGGUGGGGGCUGGCUACAAAAAAUGGUUUGAGUUAUUAUACUACAAUAUGAUGGGCUAUUAUCGAUGGUGCGAUGUGAUUCUGGUUAAGUACCUCUACAAAAAAAAUUCUUGUCUAUAGUUAUUAAAAUAUCUUUAAAACUCCAACCAUAAGAUAAUACAUCCUGCAAGAUACAGUAAAGUAAAUUAGGGCCGUUUAAGGUGAGAUAAGGUGAACUGGGCUUGGUUUGGUUUGGUUGUGUGUUUUUUCUUUUAUAAAAUUACUGUAGGCUAUUGGUCCUGCAUGUGAGAUGGUAUGAAACUGGUAAAUUUUAGAUGAUUAUUUGUCAGGGGAGAAUUGAAAUUUUUCUUUGGUGGAAAGGGCUGGCUACUAAAAAUAGUUUGAGUUAUUAUACUGCAAUGUGAUUGGCUAUUAUCGAUGGUGCGAUGUGAUUCUGGUUAAGUAAUUGAUGGAAUAAAUCAUGUUGAAUAACUUUA